UCCGACUUUCGUGUUCUCUCCCAAUUUGUGACGUGUCUGCGGUGAAUUUAUUAAAAAUCCCUUUUAUUCUUAAAAAUUUCCGAAAAUUAGCUGCAAUACGAGCACCAUGGUAGAGCUAUCGAGCGUCAUAUCCAAGUUUUACAAUGACUACGUGCAGAACACACCCAAGAAGCUGAAACUGGUGGACAUCUACCUAGGCUACAUUCUGCUGACCGGCAUCAUCCAGUUUGUUUACUGCUGCCUUGUGGGAACCUUCCCGUUCAAUUCAUUCCUAUCUGGGUUCAUCAGCACCGUCAGCUGCUUCGUCCUGGCGGUGUGCCUCCGCCUUCAAGCUAACCCCCAGAACAAGACCGUAUUUGCAGGCAUUUCGCCGGAGCGAGGAUUUGCCGAUUUUAUCUUCGCCCAUGUGAUUCUGCACCUGGUGGUUAUGAACUUUAUUGGUUAAAAAGCUAUGAGACUCGGAUAUAUUUAUGAAUAAAAUAACUAAUAAUA